AUGUCGGAGCUGGGAAGUGCGAAACGUAAGCGUGAUGAGAGCCACGAGCGCAAAGCGCCAUUGACUCGGGAUCGACGUACGAAGGUGCGUCAGGAGCGUAUGGAGGAAGAGUUUGCGGCGACGUAUCAUGGACUUACAGCGCUGUAUAAAUUGCUGGAGGUACAGCAUUUACAAAGCCCCUUGUUCCUCCCACGAACUCUAAGUUAUCGUCUGGAUCCGGCAUGGCAGCAAAAGGAUAAGAAAGAGGUGAAACAUGUACAAAAGGACGAGAAGAAACCAGUAAAGAUGGCACAGGGAGGGGCCUCUAUGACGGACUUUAAGAUUGGCAUGACGUCGGAUACAAUGGAAGCUUUUCAAAGCAAGAAACGACGUCCAGGAGUAUUGAUUUCACUCUAUGAAGCACAUGGAAAGCAAUUUGAUGCCAAUCUGUUCAAAUUAUUGGCUACGUGUUUGAUCCCAGUGCCCUUUUCAAAGAACGUGUCGCUGUCUAAGGAGUUCUUGAACUUGAGCGCUGAUAUCAGCGUGAUAGUCUUUCAAGUGGUGGAGAUUAGUGACGUUGGUGAGACUAUUGAUACGCAGCCAUCUUUUGCUUUUGCAACACCAUGUGUGGCGACUACUGUCACUGGAAAAGAUCUGCUGGCUACGUGUGCCAACGGCCGCAAACCUCUGUUCGGAAAUUUGUUGAGACUCAAUGUGUCGAGACGUCGUGUAGGAUACAUGACCGUUGAACUGCCAGCAAUUGCGUCGUCAGUGCAUGGCGGUGUCAAGUGCGAGUUCUGCAUCUCGUGGGAUCCUUUAUCGAAGACAAAAAAGAUGCAGCGUCUGACGGACAUUUGCGACGAAAAGUUCAAGAAGGAGGACGAUAGCAAGCAAAGUGAUGAGUGUUUCCUGCUGGCAGCUUCUAAACGGAACACCACAGCGACUGCUCGGAAGCCAUGUGCUGGAGUGUGGUUCCACUUCCUCUACCAUUCCAUGCUACGCAGAAUGAGCGAGAAGCGCUCGGAGUAUUCAUGCGCGUGGUGUAACAUGUUUGCUGGAUCGUUGCGAGGUCUCGUGGCCCAUUUGGUGUCGUCCCACGAUCGUUUCCGCUUUCAGGCCACCGUUGGGCACGAUAACAUUCCGCACAUUUACGUGAUGGUUAUGCAAGAACAUCAGCCGGGAAAAAGUAGCGCUGGUUAUCGGCCGGCUUUCUCUGAGCUUGAGAUGUCCCCAACUGACGAGCUAAACCGCUUUGAGCAUCAUUUUACUCACAUAUCUGGGAAGAAAUACGGCCCGCAUGGCUCACAAGCAGUCGAGGCAGUUGAAGGCCUGAUGCAAGAGUUUGAUGAUAUGGAUGAGUUGUCGCAAGAGCAGCCGCAAGACUUUUAUGCGCCGCUUCUACAGCGUCAAUACUUCCACUCCCGAACAGGAGCUGUAGUGUUGGACCAUGAAAAGGACUAUGACAGCGACGAUGAUGUGGAUGAAACGUGGAUAACGAAACAAAGCGAACGGUUAUUGGACGAGUUCGAAGACGUCUCGCUGGAAGAGAAGGAAUUUAUGAAGAUGUGGAACCGUCACGUGAAGGAGUUCAAGAUCUUGGCAGACUUUAUGGUCGCGUCUUCGUGUCGCAUGUUUGCCAGGAAACAUGGAAAAUGGCUUUUGGAUCACGGCCUACGCCACAACUUUUUGCUCCAUUUGCUUAAUUUAUGGGACAACUCGCUUCUGAAUUCGCGCGCAAUCAUCGACUGCAUGCUGAUUGUCGAUCAGGAGCCUGAGACGGCGUCAGCAAAUGAAGCGAAAGUGGAGACACCAGCAGCGAACGAAGAAGUGGCACAACGGGCGAAAGUGAAGGCUCAAAGCGAGGACAAUUUCAGCAAACUCAGCGCAAUGUUGUAA